AUGUUGUCAAGAAGUUUAAGAUCUAAGACUUUACCAUUAGUUUUGAAAUCAUCAACUAACGGUUUGAAAAUUUCUUCCAGAAAUUUAACCAAAUUAUCAACCACCCAUUUGAAAUUUAAUGGAUUAAAUCAAUUUCAAUUCAAAAGGUUUGCUCAUACCGUUAAAGUACCAGAAAUGGCUGAAUCCAUUACUGAAGGUACUUUAUCAUCAUUUGCCAAAGAAGUUGGUGAAUUCGUCAAGCAAGAUGAGUUAAUUGCUACCAUUGAAACUGAUAAAAUUGAUGUUGAAGUUAAUUCCCCAGUAAAUGGUACUAUCACUGAAUUGUUAGUAAGUGUUGAAGAUACUGUUGAAGUUGGUCAAGAAAUUGUUAAAAUUGAAGAAGGUGAAGCCCCAGCUGGUGGAGCUGAACCAAAGGAAACUCCAAAAGAAGCUCCAAAGGAAGAACCAAAAGAAGUUAAAGAACAACCAAAAGAGCAACCAAAAGAACAACCAAAAGAAGCUAAACAACCACCAAAAGAACAACCUAAAAAGGAAACCAAAGAACAACCAAAAGAAUCUGUUUCAUUCACUAACUUUUCAAGAAACGAAGAAAGAGUUAAAAUGAACAGAAUGAGAUUAAGAAUCGCUGAAAGAUUGAAAGAAUCACAAAACACUGCUGCUUCAUUGACUACAUUUAAUGAAGUUGAUAUGUCCAAUUUAAUGGAAAUGAGAAAAUUAUACAAAGAUGAAUUCUUGGAUAAAACUGGUAUAAAGAUGGGUUUCAUGGGUGCUUUCGCUAAAGCUUCAACUUUAGCUAUGAAAGAUUUACCAGCUGUUAAUGCCGCCAUUGAAAAUAAUGAUACCAUAGUUUUCAGAGAUUAUACUGAUAUUUCAAUUGCUGUUGCUACUCCAAAAGGUUUAGUUACUCCAGUUUUAAGAAAUGCUGAAUCAUUAUCAAUCUUAGGUAUUGAACAAGAAAUCAGUAAUUUAGGUAAAAAAGCUAGAGAUGGUAAAUUAACUUUAGAAGAUAUGACCGGUGGUACUUUCACUAUUUCAAAUGGUGGUGUUUUCGGCUCAUUAUAUGGUACUCCAAUUAUUAACAUGCCACAAACUGCCGUUUUAGGUUUACAUGGUGUUAAAGAAAGACCAGUAACUGUUAAUGGUCAAAUAGUCUCAAGACCAAUGAUGUAUUUAGCUUUAACUUAUGAUCAUAGAGUUUUAGAUGGUAGAGAAGCUGUUACAUUCUUAAAAACCAUUAAAGAAUUAAUCGAAGAUCCAAGAAAGAUGUUAUUAAUGCAAUAG